GUUCUUUUAACUCAGAAAACUAAAUAAAUUGUUUGAGAGACCGAAAGACUUUGAAAACGGUACCGUUUAAGAUGAGGAGACACCACCACCGAUGCCAAAUCGGCUCCGACAGCGAAACUGGAUCCGAUUCCGACACCGAUACCGAUACGGCGAUGCGAUGCAUCUCUUGUCGAGAAGAGUACCUCCCUCGCGACGCUGGAACCUGCAAGGAGUGCUACGUUGAAGCCGGCGAGACUGAGGAAGAACUCAAACGCGAGAUCGAUGACCUCAAGGCUAAAGUUGCUUUCCUCCGUUUGUCUUCUUCCCUCGAUCAUUGCAAUAGCUCAAACUCCAGGUCCUUCACUGACGUUGUUCUCAUCGCCUCUGAGGACAACGCCGGAGCUCCUCCUAUUCCUGCUCAUAAAUCCGUUCUGGUGAGUCGUUCCCCAGUUUUCAAAGCAAUGCUUGAGAAUGAGAUGGAAGAGAGCCGUAGUGGCACUAUCAAGAUCAGCGAUGUAUCUUAUGACGCUCUUCGGACUUUCGUAUAUUAUCUCUACACAGCUGAAGCAUGUCUUGAUGAGCAAAUGGCAUGUGAUCUUUUGGUGAUGUCGGAGAAAUACCAGGUGAAGCAUCUCAAGAGUUACUGUGAGAGGUUUUUGGUAACCAAACUCAGUUGGGACAACUCUCUCAUGACCUAUGCCUUUGCCCACCAACACAACGCGAAACAUGUUCUUGAUGCUGCAUUGUCGCAGAUCACAGAAAAUAUGGAAAAACUUACUAAAAGAGAAGAAUACAUGGAGCUCGUGGAGAAGGAUCCUCGUCUAAUUGUUGAAAUCUAUGAAGCCUAUCUCUCAAACCAGGUUAACACAGCAGCUGGAGGAACUAGCACAAGCAAAUCUGGUUGAAAAAAAAAAGAUGUUUAUUUGUCGACCUAAACAAGAGGUAAUGAUUUCCCCUUCAUAUCUCUUUUAGGUAUAGUAUGGUUAGGCUCAGCAGAACAUCGGUUUGUAAAGCACUAGAAAUUUGCCGUAUUGAAAUUAUUGCAAACUAGUAGGAAGUAUAUUUCAUUUCUUUUCCCUGAUAGUGUCGGGUCAGUGUCCAUGUCUUUUUAUUUUUGCAUCGUUGCUUACAUGGAAAGGUGGUGGUUAUACUCACGACUAGGGUUUGGCGGUUCAUACUUGAUAUUGUCAGUUUAUGAAGACUUGUAUGUAAUGGAGAAAGUUGUGUCAUUAGUUUAGUUUUUGUUCAAACAGUGAGAAUGGUAAAUUGAAACGGGGGUUUGGCGUA